AUGGCUGAAGACGGGAGCAGCAUCAUCUAUCGAGAUGCCAGGAUUGAAGACUUGGAGUCACUCGAGACAAUCGUCCCACGCUCUUUCUUCGCUGUCAAUCCAUUCAUGAAGGAGCUGCUACCAGACACACCAGCUAUCCGCGAAUGGUGGAGACGGAUAUACGAAGACCUGAUAUCGAACCCCAACAGCUACCUUCCCAUUGCCAUUGACUCAACCACCAACGCCGUCGUCGGUACCAUAACACUCGACGCCGUUCUUCAAGGCCAGCCGGCUGGAGGGGCUCUGACAAGAUAUCCUGGCACCGAGGACCGCGGGAAAGGCUGGGACGAAGCGAUUCAGCACUUUGCUGAGCAUGACAAUGAGGCUGUUGGGAGUCGGAAUAGGUUUUUGGUCGAGAUCAUGGGUGUCGACUCGGCGUAUCAAGGAAAGGGGAUCGGUCAACGAUUGGUGGCCGAUGCGUGCCAGUACGCGGAUGCGAAAGGAUGGCCGAUAUGGCUGGAAACGAGUGCGGCGAAAGGUUUCUAUCAGAAGCAGAAGCUGGGGUUCCAGCUUAUUGCUAAGGACGAGGACCAAGGGGAGACCGGCGGCCAGUUGCUAAGGGAGCCUGGUGCCAAAGGAUGA